GAUCGACACCGGUGUCCUUUGCAGCGUUUCAAUGGAUCCUGUCCGACCAUCCUUCAGGGGCUCUUCUGUGAACCCAUCUCAGUGUGUACGGAUGCCUGGCUCCUGGCCACAAGCUCCUAAACCUUUGGACUCAGCGCUGGGCAGGGCAGGACCUGCAGGCAGAGGCCAUGUAUUUAGAAAGCCAGGGGAACCAAGCCCACAGAGUGGAACAGCACAAAAGGAAUGUGUGGGUUUGAUGUCCAUGUUCCGAGAACUGGGCCUCGAAGCACUGUGUCAGACCCCUCUGAAACAGGAAAUGCCUCCACUAGGUAGAGGCAUUUUAGGUCGAGGCUUGUCUAUCAGUAUGGUACGCAAGGACAAAGAAGAACCCCAGCCCACUUUUCCGGAUCCUUCAGUGCUGGCAGCUGGGGAUAGCAAGAUGGCAGAGGCUUGUGUUGGUUCGAACAGAAUGCUUGGAAGAGGAAAUUCGGAUAAGUCUUUAUUCCCUUUGGGAAGGGCAGCUGGUGGUAUAGGCAGAGGAGUAUACAAGGCUCCUGCUGCUCUCAGCUUGACUUCUCGGGAUUCUGCCCAGCUGUCAUCACCACCACCUCUGUCCUCAUCCUCACCACACUCUCUGGAUCGCUCUCUACUUGGAACUGUAGAACACAAGGAAAAGGAGGUUUUUGUGAAGCAAGGAUCAAAAGGUACACCUCAAUUUUUGGGAUUGAAUCUAAUCAAAAUACAGUGUCAUAAUGAAGCAGUCUAUCAGUAUCAUGUGACUUUCAGCCCCAAUGUGGAGUGCAAAAGCAUGAGGUUUGGCAUGCUGAAGGACCAUCAAGCUGUCACCGGCAACGUUACUGCUUUUGAUGGAUCCAUUCUCUAUCUGCCUAUUAAGCUUCAGAAACAAGUCCUUGAGCUAAAAAGUCAAAGGAAAACUGACAGUGCAGAGAUCAGCAUUAAGAUUCAGUUGACAAAGAUCCUGGAACCCUGUUCUGACUUGUGCAUUCCCUUCUACAAUGUUGUUUUCCGUCGGGUAAUGAAACUUUUAGAUAUGAAGCUUGUGGGGAGAAACUUUUAUGACCCUUCAAGUGCUAUGGUUCUACAGCAACACAGGUUGCAGAUCUGGCCAGGCUAUGCAGCUAGCAUUCGAAGAACAGAUGGAGGUCUUUUUCUGCUAGCUGAUGUCUCCCAUAAGGUCAUUCGGAAUGAUUCAGUGCUGGAUGUCAUGCAUGCCAUGUACCAGCAGAAUAAAGAAAACUUUCAGGAUGAGUGCACUAAACUUCUGGUUGGCAAUAUUGUUAUAACCCGAUACAAUAAUCGUACCUAUCGCAUUGAUGAUGUGGAUUGGAAUAAGACACCAAAAGAUAGCUUCACAAUGUCUGAUGGCAAGGAGAUCACAUUCUUGGAAUACUACAGCAAAAACUAUGGAAUCACAGUUAAGGAAGAGGACCAGCCACUGCUGAUCCACAGGCCUCGUGAGAGACAGAAUAACCAAGGGAUGCUGCUGAAAGGCGAAAUCCUGCUGCUGCCUGAGCUUUCGUUCAUGACUGGAAUCCCUGAGAAGAUGAAGAAGGACUUCAGAGCCAUGAAGGAUUUAACCCAGCAGAUCAACCUGAGCCCCAAACAGCACCAUAAUGCUUUGGAAUGCUUGCUGCAGAGAAUUUCAAAGAAUGAGGCAGCUAGCAAUGAGCUGGCGCGCUGGGGCCUCUGUCUGCAGAAGGAUGUACAUAAGAUUGAAGGACGUGUUCUACCAAUGGAAAGAAUUAACUUAAGAAAUACUUCAUUUAUCACAUCUCAGGAACUAACCUGGAUUAAGGAAGUUACCAGAGAGCUUUCCAUUUUGACUGUCCCCAUGCAUUUCUGGGCACUGUUUUACCCAAAGAGAGCAAUGGAUCAGGCCCGCGAACUGGUUAAUAUGUUGGAAAAGAUAGCUGGCCCCAUUGGUAUGCGCAUAAGUCCACCAGCCUGGGUUGAACUAAAGGAUGAUCGAAUAGAGACCUAUGUCAGAACCAUUCAAUCCAUGCUAGGAGCUGAGGGGAAGAUACAGAUGGUUGUUUGCAUCAUCAUGGGCACACGUGACGAUCUCUAUGGGGCCAUUAAAAAGCUUUGCUGUGUGCAGGUUCCUGUGCCCUCACAGGUCAUCAAUGUUCGAACCAUUGGUCAGCCAACCAGGCUUCGGAGUGUGGCCCAGAAAAUUUUACUUCAGAUUAAUUGUAAAUUGGGUGGUGAGCUCUGGGGAGUGGAUAUUCCUCUGAAACAAUUAAUGGUGAUUGGGAUGGAUGUUUACCAUGACCCCAGCCGAGGCAUGCGCUCCGUGGUUGGCUUUGUUGCAAGCAUCAAUCUCACACUCACAAAAUGGUAUUCACGAGUGGUGUUCCAGAUGCCUCAUCAAGAGAUUGUGGAUAGCCUAAAGCUGUGCCUGGUGGGCUCCUUAAAAAAGUUUUAUGAGGUGAACCACUGUCUCCCAGAGAAGAUUGUGGUGUACCGUGACGGAGUGUCUGAUGGUCAACUAAAGACAGUAGCCAACUAUGAGAUUCCUCAGCUACAGAAGUGUUUUGAAGCUUUUGAGAAUUAUCAGCCCAAGAUGGUAGUAUUUGUAGUUCAGAAGAAAAUCAGUACCAAUCUAUACCUGGCUGCUACUGAGCACUUUGUGACUCCCUCCCCUGGGACUGUGGUGGAUCAUACCAUAACAAGCUGUGAGUGGGUGGACUUCUACCUUCUUGCCCAUCAUGUACGGCAGGGUUGUGGCAUUCCUACCCAUUAUGUCUGUGUUCUCAACACUGCAAACCUGAGCCCUGAUCACAUGCAGAGGUUGACUUUCAAGCUGUGCCACAUGUACUGGAAUUGGCCUGGCACCAUCAGAGUCCCAGCUCCCUGCAAAUAUGCCCACAAGCUAGCUUUCCUGUCAGGACAGAUCUUGCAUCAUGAACCAGCCAUCCAGCUGUGCGAGAACCUGUUCUUCCUGUGAUGGGACAACCAGGAUAUGGGUGCUUAGGGAGAUUAGACUUCGGAACUCAGCUACAACUCAGGCAGGAUCAGCAGGGACCCAAGGGGUUUUUGUUUUGGUGGGUUUUGUUUGUUUCUUUUUACCAACCUGGUAGAAUUAAAUCAUCUUUUUUUCCUUUUUUUUUUUUUUUCCUCUUUUAUACCGUAUCACAAAGAAGUUCCAUUUCUAAAUAUCAGCUGGAAAUUGCCUUGUUGCCUUUGUAGAGCAAGUGGUGGCAAUACUGGUCCAGCAUAGAUGGAGGGGUGAAUACAGGGGAACCUUUAAAAGCCCCCACAGCCAACAUUAGCUGUGGAAACCUGCAGAAGCAGCAAUUACACCUUGUAAAUUCUGCUUACUAAGCACUUCCUAUUUCUGGUGCCAGAGGUGAUAAUGAAGUCAUCCCAAGUUUCUUAAAGUACAGAGUUACUUUAUUUGGGCCACCGAGAAAGAUAGUAAAAAGGCCUGUGAGGCAAAGUUUUUCUCGAUAUUGCUAUUGCUGGCAAGUGUGAAAGGCAUGUAGUAAAACCAGUUGGUGGUGUAGUCAGGUCCUACUGACCUAAUCUUGUCUGGGGAUUGAGUUAAUGGCACCUGUGCCUUGAGUUAGCUUUGACGCUUUGAAAGGGGCAUUUAGCCAUUACUUGGCCUCCUGAGAGAGCCCAGAUGAAGUUUUUUUUCCUGUAUAUUUUAGUUGUUUUACAGUGUACCAUGUUUAUUUCUUCCUACACCGCCUCCCACACCCACGCAUACAUUUGCUCUUUGUUAUUGAUCUUUAAUAAAUUUCAGCUUUUAAACUGAGAAA